UUCCACUUUCUCCAAGCUGUACCUCCGACUCUAAGUUCUCAAUACUAGCAUAGACAUUGCUCCACCUAAAAAAGGAGAAAAAAAAAAGAUGAAUGGUUAUGCAAAGAUCAAAAUCAUUAACACCCACAACCCCAAAUCGAGAUCAGUAGAUUUUUCAGCUGAUAAUGUUUCUUCAUUCCUUCAAACCCCAAAAAAACCUACAAAAAACACUGACUCAGACCACACAUCUAAAGCUCAAGAAAGCAAUCAGAUCGAAGGUACCAACACAGAGUACACCAAAGCAACCCAAGAGUCUUUACAAGAUGAAGAAUAUGGCAAUGGAGGGAGCUUUGGUAUGGUACUGAAAAAAAGUCUCUCAGUUUCUUCAACUACAGCUGGAUUUCAGUCUGCAGUGAAAAGAGCAUUCUCAAUGACAAGAUCUUCAUCAGUUUCAGAGAGGUAUGGUAGGAUCCAUGAUCAGUCUGUGGCAUUAGUAUCUCCUGUUGAUGAUUAUGAAUGUGAUGAUGAUGAUGAUGAAGUUGGGGACAAUAGUAAGGGGACAAGAAGAUCUGGGAAGAAGAAGUACAAAGGAGGCAAGAUCCUUAAAGUUUGUAAGCGACUUUUUGGACUGUAACUUUUUUAUGUGGUAAUGUAUUUAAGAGUGAAUCUACUUUUUUUUUUUUUUUUUGGUUAAGAGUGAAGUGAAUCUACUGGGCUCUUUGUUGCAGAAAUGUCAGCUGGGUUAGGCUUUAUGUGUAAUUUUUGUUAAGCCCAAUCAUAGGGUGCUUUAAUGGUUUCCAUUUUGGAUUUUGAUUGGGGUAAAAGUAAAUUCUUGGAUGCUUUCUUGUUCA